GCGGCGGCGGCGGCGACUUCCGGCGGCGCCCCUGUGCCGGGCGGGCCUCCUCCUCCGGGCGGGCCUCCCCCCCGGCCCCGUCCGCGCCCGCGCCCGCCAUGGAGUCGCUGUACCGGCUGCCCUUCUCGGUGCUGGAGUGUCCCAACCUCAAGCUGAAGCGGCCGCCCUGGGUGCACGUGCCCUCCGCCAUGACGGUCUACGCCCUCGUCGUCCUCUCCUACUUCCUCAUCACCGGAGGAAUAAUUUAUGAUGUGAUUGUGGAACCUCCCAGUGUCGGGUCUAUGACGGAUGAACACGGACACCAGAGACCAGUAGCUUUCUUGGCAUACAGAGUGAAUGGACAGUACAUUAUGGAAGGACUCGCAUCCAGUUUCCUGUUUACGAUGGGAGGGCUGGGCUUCAUAAUCCUGGAUCGAUCCAACGCCCCAAACAUCCCCAAGCUCAAUAGGUUUCUUCUCCUCUUCAUUGGAUUUGUCAGUGUUCUGCUGAGUUUUUUCAUGGCCAGAGUGUUCAUGAGAAUGAAAUUGCCGGGCUACCUGAUGGGUUAAUGCCGUCUGUGAAGAAAUCAGCCGAAACGGAUUUGCUCCAAUUCUUGAUCUUGGAAAGACCAUUCACGGCCUCCGGUUUGACACCUAGAGAGGAUAAGCCACAUCCAGAGUAUUCAGAGAGAGAGCGAGAGAGAGAUGCCCACCGUUAAAAUUCAAGCCUUUAUGUUAACCUUAUUUAGGUGUGUGCUUAUGGCCAAAUGAAUACCAAAAUAUUUUUUCUCUCUGGAGGUACCAUGUAAGUAAAAUGAUCACUUUCUCUGAGUUUAUUUUUCCCUUCCUUAGAAGAUACAGUCGUAGUACCGAGUGAAGCAUCCUGGUCAUUUUUUUACCGCCCCGUUUGUAAAUUUUACACUUGGGAGAAGGUUGUAUCUGGGGGAUUUAUGUGAGUAAAAUCGCUAUCAGGUUGAAUAAGUUGAUAACUGUGGAAAGUUAUCUGCUUUUGUCAAUGGUGCUUUGCCUUUCAACAGAGUGCUUGACUGUACAGCGUUUCAGAUUUGUAUGCCUAGAAGACACAGAUGGUACAUACACUCGACAAAAUGUGUGAAAGGAGCGAAAUAAAUAAUUUUUCUACUCGAUAA